ACCAAGAUGGCGGCUUGCUCCUGUUUCGACACAGCCCCCACCGUAUGAGCUGGGUCUCCCUACGCUGAGAGAGCAGAGAAGGGAAUGAAGACUGAGUAUCACCCACAGGGCCCCGUUGAGUCGAAGCUGCUUGGGGAAGCAGACAGCAGCAGAGAGCAGAUCAGGAGUGCGGCUGGAGAACCAAAGUCAAGCAUGUCCUCAGAGAAAUGUGCCCUUGAGAAAGAAGAGCGUUCCUCCAGUGGCCCCAGCAGGGGACCUCAGCUGGCAGGCUGACGGAUAGGCAGCAACAGGACGGACUUUCUGGCUACUGACCAUUUUGCUGUGGCAUACCCGGAUUGUGUGUAGGUGGGACAUCAACAAUGAGCUCUGUUGCAGUUUUGACCCAGGAGAGCUUUGCUGAGCACCGCAGUGGGCUGGCCCAGCAGCAGAUUAAAGUUGCUGCUUUAAAUUCGGAAGAUGAAAGUGACCCUCCAACUUAUAAAGAUGCCUUCCCUCCACUUCCUGAAAAAUCUGCUUGUUUGGAAGCAGCUCAAGAGCCUGCUGGGGCCUGGGGCAAUAAGAUCCGACCCAUUAAAGCCUCCAUCAUUACUCAGGUGUUCCAUGUGCCCCUGGAGGAAAGGAAAUACAAGGACAUGAACCAGUUUGGGGAAGGGGAGCAAGCCAAGAUCUGCCUUGAGAUCAUGCAGAGGACUGGUGCUCACCUGGAGUUAUCCCUUGCCAAAGACCAAGGCCUCUCCAUCAUGGUCUCUGGAAAGCUGGAAGCAGUCAUGAAGGCUCGGAAGGACAUCGUUGCAAGGCUGCAGACACAGGCUUCAGCGACAGUGGCCAUUCCCAAAGAACAUCAUCGCUUCGUCAUUGGCAAGAAUGGUGAGAAACUUCAGGACUUAGAGCUCAAAACUGCGACCAAGAUUCAGAUUCCUCGCCCAGAGGAUCCCAGCAACCAGAUUAAGAUCACUGGCACCAAGGAGGGCAUCGAGAAAGCCCGGCACGAAGUCCUGCUGAUCUCAGCUGAGCAGGACAAACGUGCAGUAGAGAGGCUUGAUGUGGAGAAGGUAUUCCACCCUUUCAUCGCAGGACCCUACAACAAGCUAGUGGGUGAGAUCAUGCAGGAAACAGGCACUCGCAUCAACAUCCCGCCGCCUAGUGUGAACCGUACUGAGAUUGUCUUCACUGGAGAGAAGGAGCAGCUGGCACAGGCUGUGGCCCGCAUAAAGAAGAUAUAUGAGGAGAAGAAAAAGAAGACCACCACCAUUGCAGUGGAGGUGAAGAAGUCUCAGCACAAGUAUGUCAUCGGGCCCAAAGGCAACUCCCUCCAGGAGAUUCUGGAGAGAACUGGAGUGUCAGUCGAGAUCCCACCCACGGACAGCAGCUCGGAGACUGUGAUCCUCCGCGGCGAGCCUGAGAAGUUAGGGCAGGCGCUAACUGAAGUCUAUGCUAAGGCCAACAGCUUCACAGUCUCCUCUGUCUCUGCUCCAUCUUGGCUUCACCGUUUCAUCAUAGGCAAGAAAGGGCAGAACCUGGCCAAAAUCACUCAGCAGAUGCCAAAGGUUCACAUAGAAUUUACUGAAGGAGAGGAUAAGAUCACACUGGAAGGACCCACCGAGGAUGUCAAUGUGGCUCAAGAACAGAUCGAGGUCAUGGUCAAGGAUCUGAUUAACCGGAUGGAUUAUGUUGAGAUCAAUAUUGACCACAAGUUUCACAGACAUCUGAUUGGAAAGAACGGUGCCAACAUAAAUAGAAUAAAAGAUCAGUACAAGGUUUCUGUGAGAAUCCCUCCUGAUAAUGAAAAAAGCAACUUGAUCCGAAUUGAGGGGGACCCUCAGGGCGUCCAACAGGCCAAGAAAGAGCUGCUGGAACUCGCAUCCCGAAUGGAAAAUGAACGUACCAAGGAUUUAAUCAUUGAGCAGAGAUUUCACCGAACAAUCAUUGGGCAGAAAGGUGAACGAAUCCGUGAAAUUCGUGAUAAAUUCCCAGAGGUUAUCAUCAAUUUUCCAGACCCAGCCCAAAAAAGUGAUAUUGUACAACUCAGAGGCCCCAAGAAUGAGGUGGAAAAAUGUACAAAAUACAUGCAGAAGAUGGUGGCAGAUCUGGUUGAAAAUAGCUAUUCCAUUUCUGUUCCAAUCUUCAAACAGUUCCACAAGAACAUCAUUGGGAAAGGAGGUGCAAACAUCAAAAAGAUCCGUGAAGAAAGCAAUACCAAGAUUGAUCUGCCAGCAGAAAACAGUAACUCGGAGACCAUCAUCAUCACAGGCAAAAGAGCCAAUUGUGAAGUGGCUCGAAGCCGGAUCCUUUCCAUUCAGAAAGACCUGGCUAACAUUUCCGAAGUGGAAGUGUCCAUUCCAUCCAAGCUUCACAACUCCCUCAUCGGCACCAAAGGCCGCUUAAUCCGCUCCAUCAUGGAAGAGUGUGGGGGGGUGCACAUCCACUUUCCCACUGAAGGCUCAGGCAUCGACACUGUGGUUAUCAGGGGCCCUGCCCCCGAUGUGGAGAAAGCGAAAAGGCAGCUAUUACACCUGGCAGAAGAGAAGCAAACCAAGAGUUACACCGUGGAUCUGCGUGCCAAACCUGAGUAUCACAAGUUCCUGAUUGGCAAAGGGGGUGGCAAUAUUCGGAAGGUGCGGGACAACACUGGAGCCCGGAUCAUUUUCCCCACAUCUGAAGACAAGGACCAGGAGCUGAUCACAAUCAUUGGGACAGAGGAGGCUGUCAGAGAAGCCCAGAAGGAGCUGGAGAGUCUCAUAAAGAACCUGGAUAACGUGGUAGAAGACUGCAUGCUGGUCGACCCUCGGCAUCACCGCCACUUUGUCAUCCGAAGAGGCCAGGUCUUACGGGAGAUUGCCGAGGAAUACGGCGGCGUGAUGGUCAGCUUCCCCCGUUCUGGCACUCAGAGCGACAAAGUUACACUCAAAGGAGCCAAAGAUUGUGUGGAGGCAGCCAAGAAACGCAUCCAGGAGAUCAUCGAGGACUUGGAGGCCCAAGUGACAAUGGAGUGCGCCAUCCCCCAGAAGUACCAUCGCUCCAUCAUGGGCCCCAAAGGUUCCCGCAUCCAGCAGAUCACUCGGGACUACGGUGUCCAGAUUAAGUUUCCUGACAGGGAGGAGAACCCAGCUCCCAUCAUCGAGCCAGCCGUUCAAGAAAAUGGAGACGAAAUGGGGGAGGGGAAGUAUCUCAAAGAUGGAGAUCCCAGCUCUCCAAGGAAAUGUGACAUCAUCAUCAUUUCUGGUCGAAAAGAGAAGUGCGAGGCCGCCAAGGAAGCUCUCGAGGCACUGGUUCCUGUCACCAUUGAGGUAGAGGUGCCCUUUGAUCUCCAUCGCUACAUAAUUGGGCAGAAAGGAAGUGGAAUCCGCAAAAUGAUGGAUGAGUUUGAGGUGAAUAUCCAAGUCCCAGCUCCUGAGCUGCAGUCGGACAUCAUUGCCAUCACUGGCCUUGUUGCCAACCUGGACCGAGCGAAGGCCGGCCUCCUGGAACGAGUGAGGGAGCUGCAGGCUGAGCAGGAAGAUCGGGCUUUGAGAAGCUUUAAGCUGAAUGUCACCGUAGACCCCAAAUAUCACCCUAAAAUUAUUGGGAGGAAGGGGGCAGUGAUCACCCAGAUCCGUAUGGAACACGAAGUGAACAUCCAAUUUCCUGACAAGGAUGAUGAAAACCAGGCACAGGACCAAAUUACCAUCACAGGCUACGAAAAGAACACAGAAGCCGCUCGUGAUGCCAUCAUGAAAAUUGUCGGCGAGCUGGAGCAGAUGGUCUCGGAGGACGUCUCUCUGGACCACCGCGUCCAUGCCCGCAUCAUCGGAGCCCGAGGCAAGGCCAUCCGCAAAAUCAUGGAUGAAUUCAAAGUGGACAUCCGUUUCCCGCAGAGUGGAGCCCCUGACCCUAACUGUGUGACUGUGACCGGCCUUCCUGAUAAUGUAGAGGAAGCCAUUGAUCACAUCCUCAACCUGGAGGAGGAAUAUCUGGCGGAUGUGGUGGACAGCGAGGCUCUGCAGGCGUACAUGAAGCCCCCUGCCCACGAAGAGGCCAAGGCUCCUUCCAAGGGCUUUGUGGUGAGGGAUGCCCCCUGGGCGGCCGGCAGCAGCGACAAGGCUCCUGACAUGAGCAGCUCCGAAGAUUUUCCAAGCUUUGGGGCUCAGGUAGCCCCUAAGACUCUCCCUUGGGGCCCCAAACGAUAAUGAUCAGAACGGAGAAACGUCUCCAGCUGCCAACCUGAAACUACCCCACCAUGAAUACUGUGUCUUAAUCUGACCCAGCGGCUGGAUCCUAUGUAAAUUGUGUGUCCCCUCCCACCCCCACUCCCAGCCCCACCCACCCCCACGAGGUCUCCUAGUGAAGCCUGGAGUGCUGGGUCCUGCGUGCUGGCCGCAGUGGCUCACGACCAUAGGUAGCAUCCACUUGGCACUCAGAAUCUGUUCCGUGACAUCUCCACUCUGGGACAGACUUUCCACUGUUUUAAACACUAAAAUCACAAGUGAAAUGCUUCAUAAUAAAGUAAUUGAGACUUUCUAAGCUUCCUGGUCCACUCAGCAUGUCAUUAGCACUCUAACCUUCAUUAUGAGAUCUCCCUAACUGUGGCGAGGAGUCUACUUCCUGUGUCAUGACCUCAGGAAAUAAAUUUCCUUGACUUUAUAAAAGCCAAAACGUUUGCCCUCUUCCUUUCCCCAGCUCUUCCACUUUUGGGUUUGUUUUUGGUGGUUGUUUUAUCCCAGGCCUUCCUUUCAUAGAGCCGGUCCGCUUUCUGCCACCUGCCUAAAAAGGCCACUUAGCACAGGACGUAGAACGGGGACAGAGUCAGAAUUGGACAGUGAGGGCGAGGGACUAGCGUUGAUGGCAGAAGGGACCAGAGAGGCACCGGGGACGAGUAGCUGCUCAGUUAGCCUAGCGUGGUCCUCGCCGAGGGCUGAGACCACCCAGACUCCACAACCCCCCACCCUCAGCCCGCCGGUGGCCUCCCUGGGACGGAAGAUCCGCACAAAACAAACCAAACCCAGAAAAGCGGUUCCCGCUCCCUUUCCCUUUGUUCCUCCCUUGCAAAGUCAGCCCGCCUCGAUGACAGUAUUAGCAGGAUAGACCUGGCUUUGUGGACGGCGUGUGCCCGGCUGAGGGAGCCCUAAGGAGAGGCGGGCAGAGCCGACCGCCUUGGCCAGGGAGCCUGGAGGAAGAACGGCUUGAUUCUCGUUCUCUCUCUCUCUCUCUCUCUCUCUUACUUCACCUCCUCCGGUCCCUGCCCUCCCUCCCCCAGAACAAGACAGAACCAACACUAUUCCCGAUUGCCUUCUUUCUACCUCAGAAGCCAGCGUGGUGGGGUCUCCUGCCCCUGGCCUCUUGAUUUAGACUCUAAGUUUGUAAUUCUUUUUGUUGGCCACAGUCCCCUAAGCGGUCGGGGCUUCUUUGGAGGGGCCUUUCGGUGGGGGGUGGACAUGGCGUGGCCCGUGCAGGGAUGCCCCAGCCAUGCCAGAGAGUGGGGAGUGCCGCAUGGAAGCCGCUCAUCGGCUCCCGUUGGUCUGGAGAGGCGAGGCAGGAUGGGGCCCUGGGAGCAGACCUCCUUUUCUGCAUGGCUCCAGCAUCCAUCCCUCUGGGCUUCUGGUAGCUCCGCCCCGACCACUGGACUUGGCAGAAAGGGGCUCUGUGCAAGCCCCCUUGCCGGGCCUUACCUUUAGAGAGGCUGCUCUUCUGGCGAGAGACAACUCUGCCACGCGCACGGUCUCCUUUGUCGUCUUUGUGGGGGAGUGGAGGGGCCUCAGGAGGCGGCUCCCCCAUCUCUAAUCCCGGGAGUCCCCAAAGAGCCGACGGGCCCCUCUUCCCCAGUCCCGUUUCCUAGGGCGAGGCCCUCCGUUUCAGUCUCCUCCCAGCUCCUUGCUGAAACACUUGUGAAGUGUCGUCCCCUUUGCUUAGAUUCCUCCUGAGAGUUUCGAACGACCCUUCGCCUGGAGGUUCCCUGGCAAAACUCCCCUGUGGUUAGAACCCGUCUUGAGUCUGCUCGUGGGCCGGAAUGGCGAGUAGGGGAGGAGUGAGUGUGGGUCCCCAGCUAAAGGUGGAACUUCUUGUAGGGAGCAGACAGACUUGGGUCUUCCAGAAGAGAGUGUCCCCAUGUCUCGAAGGUACCCCAAGGGGAAGGCGGGGGGGUCCGUUGUCCCCAUCUUUCCCCUUCUCUUCUUUCUGCAAGUGUUUGAAAACCUUUCCUGUUGCCUGCCCUUCCCCCGGAUCCUCGCGCCCCGUCCCUCCCCUCGAUUCUUGUCACGGUCCAUCGUCCACAGCCAUCACCCCCUCCUCCCCAAGUAAAUUAAAUACUCUUGCAAACCUUUUGCACAUCUCCAUUAACUGCUAAAUGUCUUAGAUGCGAGUUUGAUUCCUAGCGGCAUAUUUGUAAGCCCCCUUCCAAAUUCUCGGGGCUCGCCCCUGCCCCUCCCGCCCUCCCCCUUUAAAAAUAAAGGUCAGAAAAUGAUUGUACCUAGUACUUUGUCUCCUCGCUGCCCCCCGCGUGCGGUAAGCAUCCCGGGCAGGGGGAGGGGGAUUGUCUGUCCCAUUUCUCGUUUUUAAUGUCUUCCAUAUCCUAUGUUUCCAUGGCAACGAUCCCUUGGCCUUAACUUUGGAAUUUGGAGAUUAUAUGCAAACGUGUAAAAAGGCUCAUGAAUAUGGAUGACACUGGAAUUUUAUAAAUUCUAAAAUAAAAUCUGAAACAGUU